AUGUGGGAUACACGACUCUGGUUAUCUGCAUAUUCUUUAUGGCAUAUCUACCUAGCCGCUGCGCUCCGCGUCUGGACUAGGGUAGUAAAGAGAGCCAAGUUUGGUAUUGACGACUGGCUUCUCAUCGCCAGUGUCAUUUUGUUCUUUCCAUUCUGUGCCAAUAUACUGGUCGGUGUCUAUACGAUUGGCAGUGGACAGACAUAUACCGACCCCCUUGUGCUCGCUCUAAGUCGCAAACAGUAUUUCAAGAGCGAGUAUGCUAUUCCUCCACUUUACGCUAUCAAUGUCACUACCAUCAAACUUUCGAUCCUAUUCUUCUAUCGUCGCAUUUUUACCACCGAUAGCUUCUUGAGAAACAAUUACAUUAUCAUGGCGAUAUGCAUAGUUUGGUUUGUCGUUACCAUCAUCGGUGACCUACUCUACUGCAUACCCAUGGCUACAUUUUGGAAUCCAGAAGUCAAAGGGAAAUGUUUCAAUUUUCCACUGUACUUCUUAAUUAUGGAGCUUGUCGAUAUGUUGUUAGAUAUCGCCAUUCUUGGUCUUCCAUUGAAAAUCAUUCUUAGCCUACAUAUGCCAUUGUCAAAAAGACUUGGAAUACUCUGCAUCUUCCUUUUGGGAGCACUGGUCGUUGUUACCAGCGCCAUACGAAUCGGAUAUGUUUACAAGCCAAGUGCCUCACUACUAUCGCUAGCGCAAGCAUCUUUAUGGUCGGUCAUUAAUCUAGGAAUAGCGAUCCUCUGCGCUUGUUUACCGACAUACAAACCUCUUUUUGGCAAGUUUCACACUAUAGGCACUUCGCUUUGGACCAACCAUUUUUCUGCGAAUUCCGACAAAAGUACGACUAAGGCCGCUUCCGAUUUGCACACAAAUCCUGCCGCUUACUAUUACAGAAUGGGGGAUAGCAAUGGCGAUAACAUUCAUAUGACGGGAGUUUCUACACAGAUACAGAGCGGCAAUAAGGCACCGAGCUUGCCUUCGGAUGGUAAGAAAUAUUGGAACGAUGCAAUCAGCACUUCUAUCUCUGUCCAGCAAGCUGCAACGACACAGGAUCUUCCUGUCAAAGGUCCUGUAUGGGUUAGCAAAUUCACAGCACCGUCUCCUUCCCACGAUGACAACUCUCGAGAGUUACUUCUUGGUCGCAUCGAUGAGGCAAACACGCAUAAUAUACAUUAUGAUCGUCCAAAUUGCGAGCCACUCUCCUGUGAAUGGACAGGUUACCACGAGGGAGUUGAAGCGGGUACGCUCGAACCACUACUGUCAGAAAAUGAGAAGUAUCAAAAAUUAGUGGAGGGUACCAAGAGUCCAUUAACAGUUUUGUAUCUCUAUGGCGGUUCAUUCGUACUCAAUACCCCUUCCAGCUACCGAAGACGUAUUGGAAGCCUAGCCAAAGCAACAGGAGGUAAAAUCCUAAUGGUGAAGCAGCGUUUGGCACCACAGAAUCCCUUCCCAGCAGCUUUCCUCGAUAUAUUCCAAGCCUACCUUUCACUUCUCGCACCACCUCCAAACUCACCACACGAAGCCAUUCCAGCCAAGAACAUUGUAAUAGCAGGCGAUAGUUCCGGAUCCGCCCUCGCAUUAAGCUUAUUACAAGUUCUUCUGCAGCUCAAACGAAAAAAUGCCGUCAUCAAUUUCCAUGGAAAUACAAUCCAGCCAGCCGAGUUCGUACCCGCAGGUCUCGCAGUGUUGAGCGUCACAACUGAUCUAGUCAAUGCGCUUCCCUCACACAAACGAAACAUAAUGCAUGAUAUAUUUCCCUUUCCCAUCGAGAAACUCCCCUACCUAGAAAAAAGCUUUCCUACCUGUUUGAUCUGGCCAACCAAGCCCGCACGAGCAAAUUUAUACUGCGAGGCUGGGAUGCUUGCUCACCCGCUAGCAAGUCCCGUUGCCUCCUUUGAUUGGUCUGGUUCUUGUCCUCUAUGGUUUGCAUCGGGGCAAGAACAAAUUGUGGAUGGCUCCCGACUGUUAGCUCAAACUGCUUUUUCACAGGGCGUUACAGUUGUGCUUCAGGAAUAUGAGGGUAUGCCUCAUACAUUCUUCUGGGUAUUUGGCAAAGCACCGCAGACGAGAAAGAUUCUUGGUGAUUGGGCUGAGGCUAUAGUCGCUUUUGGGGAGGGCAAGAAAUUAGUUUCUAAAGCGGAAUUUAUUCAGGCUAAGGGCUUGAAGACAGAGGAGUUGAAUUUGAAGAAUUUAGUGUCUUUUGGUGUGGCAGAGGCGAGCGAGCUUCUCUGGAAGAAGACAUUAGAUUAUAAGGUCCCAUUAUUUCACCAACACUGUCAGUCAUCCUUGUAGUUGACAUUUCUUUAGUCUGGAGCCAAUUCAAUUCGCAUCAAUUCGGUUAAUCUAUUGCUCUCUGAGACAAUAGAAAAUGUCGUCACUAGAGACCUAUGUAAUGAAAAGUUUAUUGAUCAAGUCUCA